AUGCAUCCCACAGCACGACUCCUGGUCUCCGGACCCAAGAAGCCAGAGUACAUGGGCGGCUGGGGCGAACUAGGCUCCCCACCCCAACGAGGCAUAGUCCACUACGGCAUCAGCCAAAAUCGCCUGAACCCCUUCGCCGGCAGCACCAAUGCCGCCAUCUUCAAUUCAUUCCGACGGACGCGCAAUCAGAUUAUUUACUGGGCCGUGCCGUUGUUGGUUGGGUAUGAGUUGAUGCAGUGGGCUAUUGAGAGGAACGAGUACCUCAACUCCAAACCAGGACGUGCCGAGUAUGCCGACUCGGAGUAA